AUGAAGAAGGGCAGGAGGCAGAAGUCAGAGGCCAGGCGCCGAGGCCCCACCUCCCAGCGCGCCAGCUCCGAAUGCACCCCUCAGCAGCAGAGCUCAGAGUCUGGUUCACAGCAGCCCGUCUCCGGAUCCAGCCCUCAGCCGCCCAGCUCUGGAGUCACCUCACAGACCAGCAGUGAAUCCAUCCCCCCGCAGCCUGUGCCCCAGGCUCUCCCAGCUCCCGAAGUGAGCCGCUGGGCUCGGGGCGUCGUGUCUCCUGACACUGACACAAAAGCAUCCCCUCGAUCCAGGAAAACAGGGCCUGUGACGCGAGCGGGCCCGCGCACCUUCUGUUCCUGUUCCACCUGCCCCGGCAUCUCUGCUUGCUGGCGUCGUCUGGGCCUGUGCCAUGGCCGCAUCUUCGAUGUCCUUCUGCCUCGGGCCUGGCCAACCACGCCAGGGAGAGGAGUCCCAAACCUCCUCACCUUCUACAGAAGACCUACAAGUAAACAUUCCACUCAUCGUAAUUCGCGUGCUCCGAGCCCUCGGGGCUGCUGCUGUGGCUCUGGGAACCCUGGGAGCUGCCCACCACAUCACUGA